AUGUCCAAAAAGAGGAAGCGCGACCAAAAUGACGGUAUCUCUCCCGCGGAAAGCUUUCCAACUGCUGCGACGCCGGCAGUCGAUUCAAAGUUUCCAGUGAAAUCGAGAGGACAGUCGAGGCAAGAGAAGUCUGAGCGCAGAUCCAAAAAGCGGAAGCAGUCGAAAGAGCAGGUACAAACAAACACUCAAGGGACAGGCACAGGCACUAUGUUAGGCGUGGAAGAUACGUCUAAGAGGAUAGAAGUCGAGGAGGAUCCCACCGGACAGGACCCUACAUCGUGGGAUGGAGAGCAGUUUCAAAAUUUGUCCAAGGGGACGGAAAAGUCAGGGAGUGCGAGAGCGCAUAAGAAGAAAACAUCCAGAGCACCAGCAAGAUUCAUUGUCUUUGUUGGAAAUUUACCCUUCGAUGCGACCGCCACUCAAGUGAAAGAUCAUUUUUCCAAGCUCGCCCCUUCUUCUGUACGACUUUCGACGGACAGGGCUACGGGGAAAUGCAAAGGAUUUGCUUUUCUUGAAUUUGACGCGUUCGACAAAAUGAAGACUUGCUUGAAGCUCUAUCACCAUUCCAUCUUUGAUGUGCAGGGCAAAACCGACAAUGAUGAACCAUGUGACCAAGCACAAGGCAAAAAGAGAAAGGGUCGAAGAAUUAAUGUGGAGCUGACGGCUGGAGGAGGUGGGAAAAAGAGUCAGGAACGCAAGGCGAGGAUCGAAGCAAAAAAUAGAAAGCUUGACGGAGAAAGGCAACGCAGGGGGAAAAAGGGCACAGCCGAGCAAGAGAAAGCUGGGGCAAAGAAGGAGCCUCCUGGGACAGGCGCGAAUGCAGCUGAGGCGACCGAGAAACCUCAGGACGAUCGUGGUGCUAUCCAUCCCAGUCGACUGUCUCGGGUCAAGUAA